UGCGAUUAGAUGGGCAAAAACAUGGCAAACCGUUUAAUUGAGAGCCAUAUAUAAAUGUGGUCGGUUGGCAUCUGAAAUGCAAUUACCACAACGCAAAAUGAAGUCUUCUGCUCAAAUUGUUCUUUUGACAUCGCUCGCAACGUGCUGGGCCAGCAAACUGUACAGCGUGGAACUUAUACUAUUCGAAGCCUUGGAAGUGGAGGGCGAACCCAUUAUUGAUUUCACUGACAUUCGUUUAAUGGGUCGCGAGCGUGCGCUCAAUGGAACUGUUCGCAUCAACGAGGACAUGGAUGCGGCCAACUUUCAGAUGUCGGUGGACUUUCAAACUGAUCCGCUGCGCAAUGGCGAGUGGCGAAACAUGAUCUUCUCGGUGCCUCAGAUGAACAUUUGUCGCGCCAUGCGUUUGUAUAUUGGCACGUAUGGCAAAUCGACGCUGCAACGCAUCCAACACACGAAUCUGCCCUUCGAUGGCAAGCAUUGUCCUUUGCCUAAGGGCACUUAUUAUAUUAAGGAUUUGCUAAUGAACAGUGAUACUUGGCCGGAAAUAAUGCCCAUCGGAUAUUUGAAUGGGAAUUUUCGCUUCUUAAAACGUGGCAAACUUAUUGGAGGUGUUAAAUGUUUGACCGAGAUAAGUCAAAACAUAUUAAUGCUAUAAAGAAUAACAAGAAAACUUUACCUAAAUGCUUUGAAAGCAAUGCAAUUAAAUUAGAUUCGAGUUGCGCACUUUAAAUCAGCAAAUUUGUCGAGCUGUAAAAUAAAUUCGGUUGUUGAAUGCCUGCAAAUCUGCAAAUUUCCGCAAAUGGAUCACAUUAAAACACA